AUGCUCUCUCUUCCCUCCACUGCUUUAUCCACACUUCCUCCUUCCUCUCCCACCUCCACAACCACAACCCUUCCUCCAAGCAGUGCUGGUGCGGAACGAGGUGGACCAUCUGAGCAGGGAGGCACAGCCUACUUUCCUCACUCUUGCCGCUCUCACUUCUUCCCUCUUCGUCUCACCUCCUCCCAACCCCAUCCCCUCUCCCCGCAAGCAGUGCUGGUGCUGAACGAGGUGGACCAUCUGAGCAGGGAGGCACAGCAUGCGCUACGGCGCACCAUGGAGCGCUACAACACGCUGCCUGCCGCAUCGUCAUGUGCUGCUCCUCCGCCUCGCAGUAUAGUGGACGGGCUACAGGAGGAGCCGGCAGGCAAGGCAAGUAAGGCGAGACGUGACUCCACCACCAAUGCUGCCAGGGAUGUUUGGACGUGCUACACGAGGGUGGCAGGCAAGGAGGGAGUGACCUUACCACCGAUGCUGGCAGGGCGGAUGGCGGUGAGCAGCAACCGCAACCUGCGCAAGGCGCUGCUCUCCCUCCAGGCUGCUAAGGCUGCCCACUACCCAUUCAGUGACAAUCAACCGGUGCAGCAGAACGACUGGGAGCUCUGUGUAGCUGAGAUCGCUGCUGACAUCAUCAGCGAACAGAGCCCCCGCCGCCUGUUUCAAAUACGCGCCAAGUUCUACGACCUUCUAAUCAACUGCAUCCCGCCGCACCUCAUCCUCAAGCGCCUGACAGUGGAGUUGAUGCGCAAGAUGGAUGCGGAGCUGAAGCAUGACGUGUGCCACUGGGCUGCCUUCUAUGAGCACCGGUUGCAUCUGGGACAGAAGUCAAUUUUCCACCUUGAAGCCUUUGCUGCCAAGGUCAUGGCGAUCUACAAGGAGUUCCUCAUUAAUGCGUUUGGUUGA